AUGAAUUUGCGCACACUGCGCGGCACACUGGAGUCUAAGUUACAGAGGAACGGGGUGCAGGGAAUGCUGGGAUUUGUAGUCCCUGGGCCUCUUUGUUGCGUGAUGGGAUCUGUGGUCCCCCGAGCACUCUCCUGGAAUGCUGGGAAAUGUAGUCUCUUUCGCAUCGCCCAGUGCAACCUGCUCCAAUCCUCCGCUGGGGCAAAGUCUAGGCAACAAGACCUAAGGAACGAUUUGUCCUACGGGACUUCCCGGGGAGGGCCCUUCCCACUGACGCUCGUCGUCUCCCCCCCGGCGAAGCCGCUGAGUAUUUCUAUUGGCUGGUCAGGUUGCCAGUCGGCGAGGCGGGCUUUCCAUUGGCUCCGGGGCGGGCACUCCGAGGCUAGGGGGAAGGAGAAGAGAUCAGGAGCGGGAGCUGAGGGGAGGGAGAGGCUGGUCCGGGUCUGGCCGCUGCUGCUGCUCGCCCGAGGUCUCCAGGCCGGGCUGCGGCUCCGUCCUCGGCUCCUGGGCACCGUCUGCGAGGCUCCGCCGGGCCAGCGUGGGAGAGCCGCGGGCGGCGGCCGCCGCAUCAUGUCAGCCAAGGACGAGCGGGCCAGGGAGAUCCUGAGGGGCUUCAAACUAAAUUGGAUGAACCUCCGGGAUGCUGAGACAGGGAAGAUACUAUGGCAAGGAACAGAAGACCUGUCAGUCCCCGGUGUGGAGCAUGAAGCCCGUGUUCCCAAGAAAAUCCUCAAGUGCAAGGCAGUGUCUCGAGAAUUGAACUUCUCUUCAGCAGAGCAAAUGGAAAAAUUCCGCCUGGAGCAAAAAGUUUACUUCAAAGGGCAAUGCCUAGAAGAAUGGUUCUUCGAGUUUGGCUUUGUGAUCCCUAACUCCACAAACACCUGGCAGUCCCUGAUAGAGGCAGCGCCCGAGUCCCAGAUGAUGCCUGCCAGCGUGCUAACUGGGAAUGUUAUCAUAGAGACAAAGUUUUUUGACGACGAUCUUCUUGUAAGCACAUCCAGAGUGAGACUUUUCUACGUUUGAGAGAAGAAUGUGUGUGCAUUUCAAGAAUGUGGGGUUUUGGGGAGAAAGGAGGAAACUGUUUACUUUUUUCCUCCACACAUUUGGUUUUUGACACUUUCACCCCUAAUUCCCUCUAUGGCAAAACCCACCUGCAGCCACCAGGGGACCAGUUCUGUGUAGGUAACCAGAUGGCUGUUUCCUCCCAAGCUGCCAUCUUCCACUGACCAGACUAAACUCCCAACCCCAGACCAGGGUAGAAGGCGAGCCUUGAGUCCUUCCCACGGUGACACAGGGACAAACGCUUACCACGAGAGUGGAUGCUCUUCCCACCCCCUCCCUGCCUCCUCCUUGGGCCCUGCAGGCAACACAUCUUCCUUUGGCCCCUGGUUUUGGAAAAAUUCAUAUUCCUGACUUAUGUUUAGUUUUUUUCCUACCAUUUCUAUUUCAUACAUUCUCAUACACCUAACUUGUAAAAUAGACUGAUAUUAUUAUUACAUAAUGAAUUAAAACAUAUGAAUUAAAAUAUUCCUACAGUCUUUAGCAUGGCACUGCUUUCAUCUCUACUUUUUCUGGAACAUGAACUCGGCCCCAUGAUGGGAAGAAAGACAUUUAUCAGACCAUAGGAUCACCACUAUGUUUUACUCCAGAGAUCGACUGAUAGAUCUUGCGGUUCCUGUUGCUUCAGUUGCUGCUUUCCAAGAAUGUUACAACGUACCCAGACAAGACCCAUGACCUUAACAUUUGUCUUUUAGACGUGAUAUUUAGUGGUUCUCUUCCAGAACAUAGAUGCGCCCGUUGUUUGUUUGUUGUUAACUUUUUUCAUACCUUUAUGAUGUACAUUUGUUCAAGAGAUUUCCUUGGCAGAGUAGGGACUCUUAUAUUCCUAAGUGAGAGAACAGAGGUUACAAAAUGGAGAAAAAAAUCUCCUUCGAGUCAUGUGGAGAACGAUGGGAAUGCAUCUGGGAUGGGGUGGGUGCUGGGAGGCCUCAAAACCCAGUCAAAUGGUGGUGUGACCGGUGUGGUGUGGGAGAGAGCGAUCAUAUCUGCAGUGCCUACAAGUCCGACAUGAGAGAGAGAAGGGAUCUUUUUUAGGAACUUACCUCUGACCUCCCAGUAGCUUUCACUAUCCUUUAUAAAAUACCAACAAUUAAAAGUUUUGCGGUUCCCACAGUAGUAAGGUCUGAGGCCAGAGGGGAGGAGACUACACCAAAAGAUGGGCCCUCUGUGGUGUAGCCCCUGCUCCCAGAUUCCUCCUCUCCUUCUGUCUGUUGCCGAAGGGUCUGUUUGCAUCUGUGGAUGGGGAGAGAAGUACAUUUUUAGUAUACUAUUGCCCUGUUUCAGUGGUAAUUCUAUUCUUCACAUUAGGGCUGUUGUCUUCAAAAGCCAAUUUUUAAAUUCCAAGGUUGGAUUAAAACAACAACAACAAAGUUCAAAUGAAUCCAGGUUUCCUUUUACUUUCUGGAAAUACCAUCUCUUUUCUCAGAGUGAGAGCUCGUCUCCUUUCCUUUUCCUAAACUGUAUCUGCUCCCCAUCAAGGAAGGCUCUCAGGGGACUGGACACCUCCCAGUGGAGAAAAGACCAUCCCAGGGAAGCUUCUCCACCUGCUUAGAGCCUCCUUCACUGUCAGGGACACACUUCUUUGCCAGCUGCUCUUA